AUGGGUGUGCGUCGGCGUCCCUGGCUGGCCGUGCAGCCGACCGUCGCCGACGUGCUGCGCGAUGUGCAGACGCAGACUGUUGAUGCGGAGGAUGUGUGGGUGAGCGCUGUGCACGGCACACUACGGUGUGAGCGCGGCAGGACAGGCGCGAUCCUCGCGGCGACGCCCGGCCGCGCCGCCACAUGGCAUGUGCAGGCGACGGCGAAGCCGGACGUGUGGGGCGUGUCUGUGGAAGGCGAUGUCGAGAUGUCCACGCAGGUGCAUGUGCCGCGCGUGCAGCGUGCGUGGGAGGCGGGCGCCCAGGCGCCGACGGUCAUCGACCUGCAGGGAUCGGCCGCUGGCACCGAGCGGUGGGCGGUCGGUGGCGCGGAUGGGCAUCUGUAUGUGGGCGAGUGGCACGGCGGGGCCAGCGCGCCGGCCGUGCCGAGCAUCGCGUGCGCGGGGCAUGUGGGCGACGUAACGAGCGUGCGCUUCUUCCCCAGUGGCGAGGUGCUUCUGUCGACCUCGCUGGAUAUGCGCGCGCGCGUCUUUUCGGCCAUCGAUGGCUCGUGCCCACGCAUCCUCGAGGGGCAUACACGCGCGAUUGUGGGCAGCGCGAUCCUGGGGCGCGGGCGCCACGUCGCCACCGGGAGUGCCGACCACACCGUGCGUGUGUGGGACGUGGGGCGCGGCGCGGCGGUGCAGCAGUGGGAGCGUGACGAGCCUGUGACAGCGCUCGCGGCGUACGGCGCGGCCGGCUGGACGCCCGAGGCGCCCGCUGGCGCGCUGCUCGCUGGCGGUGCCCAUGGCGUGCAUGCAUGGGACGUGCGUGCCGCGCCACAGGAGGCGUGGGCGUGCACGCUGCCUGCGCCUGCCGGCGGUGUCUCGGCGCUGUGUGCGUACGAGACGCAUGUGCUGGUCGGCAGCCGCCACGGGCUCGUGGCGAUGUUCGAUGCGCGGGCGCCGGCGACGCCGCUCGACGCGUGGUCGCGGAGCGACGCAGGCGUCACGGAUGUGUGGGUGGACGCGCAGGGCGCGCUGAUCGCCACGGGCGACGGCCUGCCGUACGCGGUGCAGGGCGAGGCUGUGCAGGAGCUCGUCGGCUGGGACGCGGCGCCGACGAGUGCGGUGCGCCGCGAUGCGCACGCGCACAUCCUCGUGGCCGGGCCGGGCGCGUGGGCGUGGUAUGCAUGA